AUGGCAGGCAAAAACAUGUCGUCGCGAUUGCUGAACAUGAAGUUCAUGCAACGCGCAUCAGCCUCUACACCUACCACACCCACCACCCCUGACGGCUCUCGACCCUCCAAACGCCUAAAGACCGAACCAGUCGACCCUGAUGUACGCGCAUUCCAAGAAGCUGCUGCUGCCGAGGAAGCCAAGAAGAACGCCUUUAUCGAACGCGCCGCCGCCGAAGCUGGAGAAACAAAAUGGGUCCUCAGUGUCAGUGACAACAAGCCCAAGACUGCUGGACCAGGCUUUCGUAUUGUCGAAGCUGGAUAUGGUGCCAUUGACUCGGGUGCGCCGAUACUCGAAAGUGAUGACGACGAGGAAGAAGAGCAGAGUGCUGGAAUGGCAGGCCGAAGGAGUUUUGGAAAGUUCAACAAAGCUGUUGAGCGUCAACACAAUCCAGACCUUUCCUCUUCAGAAUCUGAACAUGACUCGGACGCCUCCUCAGACUCAGACUCAGAAGACGACGAAGACCUAGACGAAGCAGAACUUCUCCUCAAAGCAGAAAGGAAAGAAGCAGCAGCCAGAUUACGCGCCGAACGCAAAGCCCAACGAAAAGCCGAAGAGGUCAAAUCAAAACAGAUGGCUGAGCGACGGAGGAGUAGAGACAUCAACCUGAACAAAAUGGGUGGUAUUUCCAAUGCGGCUAUCAAAAACAAGCAGGCCAAUGUUGCCAAUAUGGCUUGUCAUAUUUGUGGCCAGAAGGGACACUUGCAGAGGGACUGCCCAGACAAGAAGCAAAGAAGGGGAGACAAGAGAAAGAGUGGUGGUGCUAUGGAUUAUUGA